UUCAACAUGUGAUGUCUGAAUCGUGGAUUGAUUUUUACUGCCUGUGUAGUUUUGGCACCGAGUAAAGCCCUAGUUGACAGCCUCAGGAGUUUUUUUUUUUUAAAUAUAUCGUAUAUAUUUUUAAUAUUUGUCUAAGAUGUCACGGUUAUUUUACGAUGCGUUUAAACGUCUGUCAUUCGCAAGGCAGAGAUAUUUAGGAAAAUUGCGUUCCUACUGGACAGCAGAAGCGAGAAAACAAACUCGUCAAGAUAAUAACAUCAGUUAUCAGACACUGCCUGGUGGAUCUCCUGUGGCUAACCAAAGCCGGACAUUUCGAUAUUACCAUGGCUGUCAUUCCCGUUACAAUGUAUUCAGGCGGCCCAGAGUUUGGUUUUUCGGAUUCGGUGUUGGACUGGCGGUCGUUUUUGGGAUGAAAGAGAUUGUGUUUGUUGUUAACAAAUCGAAAUGUCAAGAAGAGGAAGAUGUGGCCGAUGAAGGAACAAAAGAUAAAGGCAGAUAUGCAGACGCGAUAGGUGUCAGCUACGAUUUACUUCAAAGGAUAAAGGAUGAAGUAGGAGCUCCAGGGGUAGUUGUUGGGGUCUCUGUGGAUGGAAAGCAGGUCUGGACUGAAGGACUAGGCUAUGCCGAUGUGGAGAACCGUGUGCCGUGCAAACCGGAGACAGUGAUGCGAAUUGCCAGUAUCAGCAAGUCGCUCACCAUGGCUGCUGUGGCCAAGCUGUGGGAGGAAGGCAAGCUGGAACUUGAUGCCCCAGUGCAGAAAUAUGUUCCAGAAUUUCCUGAGAAAGAGUAUGAGGGUGAACCUGUGACAGUAACAACAAAAAUGUUGGUGUCGCAUUUAAGUGGAAUCCGCCACUAUGAGAAGGAUCCUAAGAAAGUGAAAAACGAAAAGGAAAAAAAACUCAACAAAGACUUGAUGGCGGAUAAGAAAAUCGGAACUACAGGUUCUGAAGAGAAAGAAGUCGAGGAUGAGGAGAAGGAUAAACAGCCUGGGACGAGGCAAAGCGGUACAGCCAAACCAGAAGACUUGAAAUGCAGCAACGCAAAAAAACCUGCAAAGAAAAAGGAGUUUGAGCAGGAGGAGUACUACCUGAAAGUCAAGUUUGAAAAUGUAAUCCAGGCCCUGAAUCUGUUCAAAAAAGAUCCUCUGAUCUUUAAACCAGGAAGCCAGUUCUUAUACUCUACCCAUGCCUUCACCCUUCUUAGCGCUGUAGUGGAGAGAGCUUCGGGACAGAAAUUCCUGGAUCACAUGAUGAAGCUGUUCCGGGAACUGGGAAUGUUGAAUACGGUGCCGGAUCAAAAUGACCCCAUUAUAUACAACAGAUCAAGGUUUUAUGCUUUUAAUAAAAGAGGUCGUCUAGUAAACUGCCCUUAUGUUGACAACUCCUACAAGUGGGCUGGAGGUGGCUUCUUGUCCACAGUGGGCGACCUGCUUCUGUUUGGAAACGCCAUGCUUUACAGCUAUCAAGCUCUGCACGUGAAGGACAGGGCCAAGAGCACCCUGCUCCCAGGCUACCUCCAACCAGACACCGUCAAGACCAUGUGGACUCCGGUGGACAAAACCGAGAUGUCCUGGGACAAGGAUGGCAAAUACGGCAUGGGCUGGGCGGUUGUAGAGAAGAAGCAACAGUGUGGACAGUGCCGGAGCCUGCGCCACUACGUCUCACACACAGGGGGCGCUGUGGGAGCCAGCAGCGUACUGCUUGUGCUUCCUGAAUUCAGCGAGAGGGCAGCAGUUUCCACCGGGGGGUCCCCACCAAGAGGAGUGGUGGUCACCAUUAUAUGCAACAUGCAGUCAGCCGGCCUCAACAGCACUGCCCUGAAGAUUGCACUAGAGUUUGAAAAAGCCAAAACCAUGUGAAUGUAUGUAUGUAUGUAUGUUGCAGAGCAGAUGCUCUGCACGUGUGUGUGUGUGUGUGUGUGUGUGUGUGUGUGUGUGUGUGUUAGAGAGAAAGAGAAAGAGAGAGAGAGAGUUCCCCGGAUAGCUGUAGCUUGGGUGCGGUUUUGUAGUGUUUUUGUUUAAAACCCUUUGUUGUUGUUGCUUUGGUAUAAUAAAAGUGCGCAAGUAAGCGUUGAACUGCA